UCUGCAAUAAGGCGCGCUGGUUGGAGCCAGUGGAUUUCACGGCGAAAAGGACAUCACCUUCAACUUCGAGCUUCCACACGCUGAAGCGUUCCUCUCUCCAGCUCGAACAUGGGAAACUCGUCGAAGGACGACUCCACGACCGACGGCGACACAUCCGGCGGCAAUACUCCGCCUUCUAAUUCUAGCCUGUACUCCGAGGGCGAGAAAGUACUUGCCUAUCAUGGCCCUCGCAUCUACGAAGCAAAGGUACAAAAAGCUGAGAUUCGAAAGAAUGAAUGGAGAUAUUUUGUUCACUACCUUGGAUGGAACAAAAAUUGGGACGAAUGGGUGGGUGAGGACCGUUUAAUGAAACAUACUGAAGAGAAUGUCCUGAAACAGCAGGCUCUUGACAAAAAACAAGGUGUAGACAAGAAUGUCAAGUCAGGGCGUUCAGCUCAAGCUAAGGCCAAAAAUUCUACCGAUGCAAAAGUGGAUAAAGAAGACAUCAAGACUAAUGUGCCUAAGGGGAAGAAGCGAAAGAAUGAUUCAGGAGUUGAGAAGGGCAGUGUCUCCGUUGAAAAGCUAGUCAAGAUUCAAAUUCCGGCAACCUUAAAAAAACAACUUGUUGAUGAUUGGGAUUUUGUUUCUCAGCAGGACAAGCUUGUGAAACUUCCUCGUUCACCAACUGUUGAUGAAAUUUUGACAAAGUAUCUUGAAUACAGGUCAAAGAAGGAUGGCAUGGUGGCUGAUUCAAUUGGGGAAAUUCUGAAAGGAAUUAGGUGUUAUUUUGAUAAAGCGUUGCCUAUGAUGCUCUUGUACAAGAAAGAACAGAAGCAGUAUAAUGAAGCAGUUGUUGAUAAUGUUUCACCAUCAACCAUAUACGGAGCUGAACAUUUAUUGCGUCUCUUUGUUAAGUUACCUGAGCUCUUGGCAUAUGUGAAUAUUGAGGAGGAAACACUGAAUCACCUGCAGCAGAAGUUACUCGACUUUCUCAAAUUUUUGCAGAAAAAUCAAAGUACUUUCUUUCUUUCGGCAUAUGAUGGCAUAAAGGUUUCUGAAGGAAAAGGAAAGGGGAAAGACGAAUGAGAGAAUUCACACAGUAAUUUGGCCAAUGCUAUCAUACGACUGAAAUUCAUUUGAUAGUUGAGGUGCUUGUGGCUCAUUAGAUGUGUUCGUUUAUGUGCAUUGAUAGUGAUGGCAGUCGGCAGAUGGGCUGCGAUAUAGGGAGCGCCUCUUUCACAUUGCAGGAAUCAAGUUUGAUUUCCUCUCGUGAAUGAGUUCCGGCAAGGCAUUUUUGUCUUCUAUUAGGAAGAAUGCUUGGGAAUGACACAUUGCUCUUGGGAAGGGUGUAAAUCAACAAAAUGUCAUCAAGCCGGUGUGUGUCCCGACUUCCUCCAACCACCCAUCCCCCCAAAAAACCACCCUAAAAAAAAAAGGAGGCGAUUUUCACUAUAAUUCUGCUAGAUUUUCCUUGGUUUCGAUCAUUGUGGGGCCUGGCCCAAAAGGAGUGGGCUUAGUUGACAGGACGAUUUUGUAGGGUCCAAGACCUCAAAUUUCUGACAUGAACCAUCAUAUGUAUUAUUUUAUUAAUUUAUUUACUUAGUGCAGGGGUCGAGAGGCAUGGGUGUUCUAUUGUUGCCGUUAUCAUUUAACUAGUCUUAAUUUUCUGUUUAUUUUUUUUAAUAAAAAAAUUUAGGUGAGUUGAGAUCUGAGCUUAGCUUACUAAGGUUAGGGCAGUCUUCCUAUUUUUCUAUUUUAUUCAAAAAACGAAAGAAAAAAAUGUAUUGUCUUUUAAUUUGAGGAAUAGACCACACGGAUAAGGAUCACCCGUGGAAGUUUAGAGGCAA